AUGGCCCAUGUCCGACUCACAGGUCAACCUGCACCACCAUUGAGCACUCUCUUCGAUGGUACGAUGUACAAUCUUGGUUGGGAUGGACAACGCGAUGCCUCUGUGGCUGACAAUAUCUUGCUGCCUUCGAUUGACUACGCCAUCUAUCUUAUCAACGCUGUGAAGUUCCACUGUGGUCAGAUGUUCCAUCUCUUCGAUGAUGUCUCAUUUAUGCGACAGUUUCACAAUUUCUACGCGGCCACUGAUGAUGACUCAGCAAGGGGUCUUUGGUAUGUUCACUUCUUGAUCCUGCUGGCAUUUGGUAAGGUGUUCGUUGCGCGAAAGAACGAAGGCCGAAGACCACUGGGCGCAGACUUCUUUGUGCAGGCCAUGAAAUUAAUGCCUGAUAUCACCUUUCUUCAUACACAGCCUGUCCACGCCAUAGAAGUACUUUGUUGCAAAGCACUCUAUCUUCACUGCUUGGACUUCAGGACCUCAGCAUAUACAGUGAUUGGUGAAGCACUACGACUAGCACUCGGGGAAGGUAUGCACACCAAUAUGCAAGUUGAGGGCCUGGAUGAACAACAUGUCCAACGAUGUCGCAAUGUCUGGUGGACGGUCUACAUCUUAGACAGGCAGAUGUCGUCCUUGAUGGGAGUACCACUCGCUGUGAAGGAUGACGAUAUAACUGCAUCUUUACCGACCUUCCAUGGUUCCUUACAGAAGACCCUGGCUCUCGAGCUCAACGUGAAACUGUCGGGUAUCAUCUCACGAAUACUCAACAGUGUGUAUGGUCAAGAAGGACGUUUGAACAGGAAAUUCAUAUCAAGCACGAAAAAUGCACUCAAAGCUAUUGCUGGUAUCACUGAUCAGUUGAAAAAGUCCUUUGAGUUUCCGCCUAGUGGAUCAGCUGCAGGCAUAUCUCGGCUGGCAGCGCAUCUACAUCUUCUACACCAUCAGUGCGUUGUCCUAGCAACAAGGCCACUCCUAUUCAGCUUACUCAAGAAACGACUGGAUCAUUUGGAAGAAGAACAGGCGAUUCCUACUACUACCGGCAGUGCUAAAGCUUUACUUCAAAUGUGCAUUGAAUCAUCCCAACACAUACUAGCCGUGCUAGAACGACUCAAAGAACAGAAUCUUCUUGAAAGCUUUUUGCCAUUCGACCUAGAAGGAGCUUUCGUAGCUGGUAUGGUGCUCUUAAUAGCGCCGCUGGUCGACUCAGAGCUACUCACAACACAAUUUCCAUGGCUAGACAUGGCGUACGCAACUCUUGACGAGCUAGGAGCACAAGGUCUUCUCAAUGCACGUGCUCGCAAAGGAGAACUACAACAACUUCAGAAGGUAUUCGAACAAAUGCCACAGCCAUCGCAAAACGACUUUGUGGAUGAGGAACAAGCAGUCUUCAUGCAACAGCAAGCGAUGCAUCUGAACAUGGAUUCAGAGAACCCAAAUUUCGGUUACGAGUUCAUCGAGGAUGCAAUAUGGCGUACCACAUUCACUGCCGAUCAGCUCAUAAACGUUGCGAACACUCUCGAUUUAGAUGGUAUCGACUGGAUGACGACAGGCUCAAAUCCAGGUAUUCAGGAAGAUGAAGUAUGA